AUGGAAGAUAGACCCACGCUCCUUCGGCCGCCGGAGCCCGACUCCAACCAGUCGCUGAUUGAGAACGUGCUGGACGUGACGGAGCUCAAGGUCCUGGGUCAAGACGUCUUUACAAACACGCGUCCCCAGUGGCAUCCUCCGGGUGCCCGCGGCAUCUACGGCGGCGCCGUCAUUGCGCAGUGCCUCGCCGCAGCGCAAAAGACGGUGCCAGAGACUUUCCUCGUCCACUCGUGCCACUGCUACUUUCUCCUCGCGGGAUCAUCCGAGACGCCUAUCCUGUACCACGUCGAGCGCGUCCGUGAUGGUCGCUCGUACGCGACGCGCACAGUCCAGGCUCGGCAGAAGGGAGCUUGCAUCUUCACCACCACCAUCAGCUUUGUCCGUGAGGCUACCUCUGAUAAAAAGAGACAAGAGGUACGCCAUGCGGCGAGUUUGCCAGAAGGUGUGUCUGCGCCGCCGGAUAACUGGGAUGGUGAGCCUGAGUGGGCUCGUACGGGGCCGUUCCAGAGUCAUAGGAUUGAGGUUCUGCGGGCUGGCGAUCCAAAAGCUAAACCGCAGGACCGCAAGUCUCGACAGUGGAUGCGGUCGCGGCAAAAGAUCUCUCCGUCAGGUGGACAUCAAGCGCAUCUAAACGCUCUGGCAUACAUGUCGGACAGCUACUUCAUCGGCACUGUAUCCCGCAUCCACGGACUCUGGCGGUUCCCCUUUUCUCCAGAUGAGGUACCCUCCCUGGACGAAGCGACACAGGAGCAGGUGCGCAGCCUGUGCGAGUUUGAGGGCAUGGGUAGUAGCGUCGAGGAAUGGCGAGGCCGGCCACACCUGGGCAUGUUGGUGAGUCUCGACCAUAGCAUCUACUUUCACGAGCCGAAGGCCGUCAAGGCCGACGAGUGGAUGUUUACCGAGAUGGAGAGUCCAUGGGCUGGCGAUGGCAGAGGCGUUGUUUCGCAGAGGAUAUUCAGCAAAGAUGGAGAGUUGUUGGCUACGUGCUAUCAAGAGGGCGUUGUUCGACUCAAGCAAGACGGAGGAGAAAAGAGUGCAAAGCUAUAG